AUGCAGUGUGUCGUGGCGAUGCAGUGUGUCGAGGUGAUGCAGUGUGUCGUGGCGAUGCAGUGUGUCGUGGCGAUGCAGUGUGUCGUGGCGAUGCAGUGUGUCGUGGAGAUGCAGUGUGUCGUGGUGAUGCAGUGUGUCGUGGCGAUGCAGUGUGUCGUGGCGAUGCAGUGUGGCGUGGUGAUGCAGUGUGUCGUGGUGAUGCAGUGUGUCGUGGCGAUGCAGUGUGUCGUGGCGAUGCAGUGUGUCGAGGUGAUGCAGUGUGUCGAGGUGAUGCAGUGUGUCGUGGUGAUGCAGUGUGUCGUGGCGAUGCAGUGUGUCGUGGCGAUGCAGUGUGUCGUGGCGAUGCAGUGUGUCGUGGCGAUGCAGUGUGUCGUGGUGAUGCAAUGUGUCGUGGCGAUGCAGUGUGUCGUGGCGAUGCAGUGUGGCGUGGUGAUGCAGUGUGUCGUGGUGAUGCAGUGUGUCGUGGCGAUGCAGUGUGUCGUGGCGAUGCAGUGUGUCGUGGUGAUGCAGUGUGUCGAGGUGAUGCAGUGUGUCGAGGCGAUGCAGUGUGUCGUGGUGAUGCAGUGUGUCGUGGCGAUGCAGUGUGUCGUGGCGAUGCAGUGUGUCGUGGUGAUGCAGUGUGUCGAGGCGAUGCAGUGUGUCGAGGUGAUGCAGUGUGUCGUGGCGAUGCAGUGUGUCGUGGUGAUGCAGUGUGUCGUGGCGAUGCAGUGUGUCGUGGCGAUGCAGUGUGUCGUGGCGAUGCAGUGUGUCGUGGCGAUGCAGUGUGUCGUGGCGAUGCAGUGUGUCGUGGCGAUGCAGUGUGUCGUGGCGAUGCAGUGUGUCGAGGCGAUGCAGUGUGUCGUGGCGAUGCAGUGUGUCGUGGCGAUGCAGUGUGUCGAGGCGAUGCAGUGUGUCGUGGCGAUGCAGUGUGUCGUGGUGAUGCAGUGUGUGGUGCGCUGUUGCAGGCCGAGGACGCAGCUGCUAGUCGGGAUGUAG